CUAGCUCCUACUCCCCAAUUCCUCUUCCCUCCCCCCUCCCUCCCUUCUGGGUUUUAGCUGCACGCCAAAAAAGACGGGAAAUAUAAGAUAUAAAAUAUCCUUCCCUUCCCACGGCUCUACCUCCACCAUCUUCCCAAACAACAUAAAAAGGGCCACCGUGUUCUUCGUUUCUAUGAUCACAGCACAGUUUUGACUCCAGAAAUGCGUCCUACUUGCAUCGCGUUUCUGUAUGCAUAGAAACAAAAUUGAAGUCUGUUUUACAGAUUCCAUGUUUCAUUUACUAUUUUUCAUAAUUUUUGUGAUUGUGAAAUAACAACAAUAAUAUUCAUAAAAAGGGGAGAAGUUGUGCUGUUCUGGAUUGAUGAUGUGUGCGGCGACGGCAACAGGGGAUUGGUGGGCGAGGGGGAUUGGUGGGCAGAUCGGGGGAGCUUUUAGCCACGAGAGCGAACAUGAUUUGGCUCUCAUGGUUAGCGAUUUUCUCGAGAACGGUUGUAGCUCCGGUGCCGAUUCCUGGUGUAGCAGCGAUAGCGAUUCUGGUCUCUCUGAUCUUCACCAUCUCGCCGACAAGAUUUCGUUUUACAAGCGCACAGUAGCUCAAUAUGAGAGUGACUUGUUGUUGAUAGUUCAUUCUCUUGUGCAAUCGAUCAAGGACACAGACCUUCAUCGUAUCAAGUCAGGUCCGUGUAAUGCAAGCUGCAUCAACUUUUCUUUGGUAAAAUUGUUGAGGCUUUCGGGAUAUGAUGCUGCUGUUUGUGUGUCCAAGUGGCAGGGUAGUGGCAAGGUGCCGGGAGGGGAUCAUGAAUAUAUUGAUGUGGUCAACUGCAUCAAUGCUGGAAGCUCUGAGCGUGUGAUCAUUGAUGUUGACUUCCGAAGCCACUUCGAAAUAGCUAGAGCUGUUGACACUUAUGAUAGAAUAUUGAAGUCACUUCCAGCCAUUUAUGUAGGCUCCUUGACCAGGUUAAAACGGUAUCUUCAAGUCAUGGCCGAGGCAGCCAGAUCUUCUCUCAAGCAAAAUUCGAUGCCUCUUCCACCUUGGAGGUCUCUGGCUUAUUUGCAAGCGAAAUGGUACUCACCAUAUCAGAGACAGUUUGAUCCAGACAAUCAAAAUUUUAGUAGUGUCGAUUCUUCAUACCAUAAGCAGUGUGGUCGACAUUUAAAGAGACUGCAGUCCUCGCUGCAAUUUGAAACAGAAGGAGAACGACUCAUGAAGCCUAUUAACGGUGAUAAUAACCGGGGGAUGAAGUUUGAGAGGCGGAAACACUCCUUAUUCAGGGCUCUUUGAAGUGUAUAGAAUUUUGUCUGAUAAUGCAAAUUCCUUUCCUUCUCUGAGAGAUUAAUUAUAUUGCGGCCUUCUUUUUUUCUUUCUUUUUUAUCGUUUGGCAAAUAAGCUUGUACUGAAAUGAAGAGCAGUUCCAUUCAAGGGGGCACAAAUUACAACAACACGCCAUGUUACUGAAGACAUCUUCUUAUUCCCUUUUCAUCUCAAACUCGGGGAUCAUAAAUCUAUUGUUUAUUUUUCCUAUGUUUGCAUCAAGUGACAGUAUCUGGUUUUCGGAGCUCCGUGGCGCUAUACUCCUCAUGGCAGCACCUCCGGCCAAAUUACAAAGUACUUGCUUCACCAAGGUGCAUAGUUCUAUAGAUUGCUGUUUUUCUUCUUCUUUCUGUCUUGAUUCCACUCCUCGCCUACUAUUUUUAAUGGCCGAGGAAUUAUUAUUCUUAGUCCCCAGUAAUCGUGUUGAAAAACUAGAGUUACUUUUCUUGACAAUACGGGCUACAAAAUUAAUAAUUAUUUGCUUUAUUUGUCAA